CGGCGACUCAUCUUAUUUCUUUCCAGCCGACCGCUUUAGCGGAGCAGAGGGUGGCGGUUCAUGUUCUUCUCCGACCGGUGUGCAACCAAGAUUGGAAGGCCUCGUUGGAGGAAGGUUGCAGGCGAUCAACGGAGGUGGUUAUGGCAAGAGGUAAGUGGGGGAGAGGGGCACCACAACUGAUCGUCUUCUUCUCCUUCUCCUUCUCCGGUUCCGCCCACCUCCCAUGCCUCUGAUCUGCGCUUCUCUUCACAUCCAUCCAACAAGAUCUAUCUCAAUCCGCCUUCUCCCCUCUCUAAAACCUAACUCGCCACCCUAAUCCCCUACUUUCUACUCAUUUCUUCCACUUUGAGCCCACCUCGAGUUUUGUGGACAAGAAACGAAUUUGUACUGGGAUUCUCUGGUUGGUUGAGUUUUGGGGCAAAAAGGGGUUUUGUGGAGGAUCAAGCCGAUUCUGGGUUUCUUCCUGCUGGAUCUACUUCCAAGGUGCAUCUCAUUCCUCUCUCUUUCUCUCUUUCUUUGUUUCUGUUAUCGAUUUGAUUUUGUUUCUUCCCCAUCUGGGUAUUUAUGGGUAUGGGUUGGAUUUCUCAUAUGUCUGGCGACGAACGGAGCUGUGACGACUUGGGGGAGGAGAAGCAGGAAGUUUGCGCAAGCGGGUGAAAAUGAGAAAUCUCAAUGCGGUAUUGGGGGUUCAAGGUUGGUUGCUUCUUAUCCCUGAUUUUUGCAGCUCAAAGUAUGGACCUUGCGACACCCGACCAGUUGCAGAAGACGCCGACGGUGGUGUGAGAGGAAAGAGGACGACAUCAUUGAGUGGGAGAGGAGAGAGGAUGAGAAAAUAGUUUAUUGUUUUAUAUUUAUUUUUAAAUUAAAAUAUGACAUGGCAUUCAUGUGGCAAGUGUUGUUGAAUUGGCGAUGAUGUGUCGGAUGAGUUGGCAGCCAGGUAAGCAUUCCGUUAAUUGGAUUAACGGUGUCAUUAACGCCGUUAAAAUAUGUAACGGAAAUGGCUAUAUUUGUCAUGAAAUUUUCAAAAUUUUGGUUAUAUUUGGUAUUUCGCCAAAAGUGGCUAUUAUUGUCACAAACGGGAAAGUUUUGGCUAUACAGAUGAAUUUUGCCAAAAAAUAACCAUUACCCUUAAUUAAUAACUGUGUUCACUUUAGCAUAAGUUUCGUCACUCCUUCACUUCUCAGAAGAACGCCAGGCUUAUCAUCGAGCAUUUGAGUAGGAGUGAGCUGAGCAACUACGAAGAAGAUGAGCUCAAUCUCUGUAUCGAAAGCUGCCGCAAUCUUCUUCUUCUUCGUGGCUCUGUCUUCGUAUGUUUCCGGUAAGAAGUCUGGCGAUGUAACAGAGUUACAGAUUGGCGUUAAGCACAAACCAGAGACUUGUGAGAUUCAGGCUCAUAAGGGGGACAAGAUCAAAGUACACUACCGGGGAAAGCUCACCGAUGGCACUGUCUUCGACUCCAGCUUUGAACGGGGCGAUCCCAUUGAAUUUGAGCUUGGCAGUGGUCAAGUUAUCAAAGGAUGGGACCAAGGACUACUGGGAAUGUGUGUAGGUGAGAAGAGGAAGUUGAAAAUUCCAUCAAAGCUCGGCUAUGGUGACCAGGGUUCUCCCCCUACCAUUCCAGGUGGAGCAACAUUGAUAUUUGACACAGAACUUGUUGCAGUGAACGGGAAGACAAAGAGUGGAGAGACUGCAUCUCCAAAAGAUAGUGAGCUGUAAUUCUAGUUCUAGAAUGUUUAAGUGACACCAAGUUCUUCCUUAACUGUUAUCAAUUUGAGGAUUUUCCAUUAGCCCCCCAUUUCCAUUAACUGGAGCUGGUGGUAGACAAUUAGACGUCUUGUUUUUCGAAUACCGAGGAUUGCAAAUUUGCAAUGAAAAUUGGUUUGCUGAAUUAGAACAGUGGCUUAGAAGCCAACUGAUCUCGCUGUGGGAUAUCUCAAAAACUCGCUUUAUGUACUAAGGAAUGUAAUCAAUGACAAGAAAUCCCAAUGGCCAUUUUGAAGCCAAUUACCGUAGUAAUGUCGAAUGAAUG